AUGGAGAGUUCAUUCUUUGAAUAUCGUGACGCUACUGCAGCUGAUAGUGGUUCAGAUUCAGAAAUUAUUGAUAAUAGCCUAGCCGACGAAUCAUUUAACGUAAAAAAGAAAAACCAUACGGUUUAUGUAGCCGAGUCGGAAGAAUAUACAGAUGAUGAUAGUGACAAUGAAGAGAAUUUACCACAGAAUGUAUCGAAGUCAGUGGUCAGAAGAAGCAGUGUUAAUGAUAAACUUGUUAUAUCAAGCAGUGACGAUGAUGGGAGUAGAAGGGGUAGCAUUAGAAGACAGUCCGAGUCUUCUAGUAAAUUAGUAUUGAGUUCUUCAGAUGAAGAUGAUCAAUGCUCACCAGAAAUGAUACCAAAACGAAGGCCAAUCAAGAAGAAAUCUCCUGACGCCAAUGAAUCAAUAAUAGGACGUAAAACAAAAAAGCGUAUCAUGCUUCUAGAGUCUGAUACAGACAACUCUAUUAUUAUCGAACACAACAAACAUAAAAAGCUUCAAUGUCUGAAAGAGACACCUUUGAAGACUGCUAGCAGUAAAAACGGUAUUAUUAUUGACAGUGACAGUAUAGAAGAUAGUGACCAGGCUACCAAAGCCAGUAGUGAUGAAAAGGAAACUAAAGAAGAUAGCAAUACAGAAAGUACAGUUGAGUACGAAGUUGACAAGAGUACACUGAAUAGAACAAGCAAUAUUCAACCAUAUAAUCGGUAUAGUUCUGAAGAGUCUACUGGGGCAGCGUCUGAAGAUGAUGGACCUGAUGAAGAUCAAAUGGUCAUGUCUAGAGCUACUAGGAUGAGUAUCAUGGGUGUGAUACCAAAAGAUGAUAGUAAUGACACUGAUGAUUCGGACUUUAUACAGUCUGAUGAUAGUCGACCGAAUUCAAAUCGAAGCUCUGCAACAAGCCUCCCAGAAGUUGUACUCACUGAAACUCCUAAGAAGACAAUAGAACAAGAUCAAGAUCCUGAUUCCUCAAGAUUGACCUGUUCACCAUUUGCAAGUCCUUUACAUGACAUCACUAAUGAUCAGACUAAACGACAUUCUUUAGAAAAAGAUGAAACAAAAACAAAUAACCAGGAUGAAUGUAUAAUCAUAAGUGAUCCAGGCCAUAACCUACCCAGUUCUUUGACUAAGAAAGCGCAAAAUGGAAUGGGUAAAAAAUUUAAAGAAAAUUUCAUCAGCUAUGAUGAUGAUGUUACUAUAAUUGAUACGAAGCCGGAGAUCAUUGCACUCAGCAGUGAUGAUGAAGAUGACGUUAAGGAGAAGUCUCCUAAACCGAAGAAGUCACCCAGUAUCAAGAAGUCGACUAGUAUCAAGAAGUCCCCGAAACCCAAACAGGAUGAGAGCACACGGCCGAUAUCGCAGAAUAUUAAACAAUAUCUCGCGCCCCCUAGUUACCCGAACCAGCAAGUGGUGUUUGUGAAGAAGCACGUCAGGGAAACCGAACUCUUGAAACUUAAUGCUCUUCAAGAAGACCUCAAAAAUAUCAGGUAUCUUCUCGAAGAAAUGGACGUGGAUACAUUGCCAGAUGGUGGGGGCAAAUUAAUCGAACGCCUCACUCAUUUAGAGGAGCAGGUGCGAGUCCAAGGAGACAAGGUCGCCAAUAUGGUCGUGGAACCAGACAAUCCGAGCGCAGCUGACAUUGCUCGAGAUGGCUUUGACCAGAAGGAAGGUCUAUCUUGGGAAGAUAUUCAGAAGGCGAGCAAUGCCGUUCAACCUCGCAUGUUUGGCAAGCAGGCUAUGGCCACUCACAUGGCCGAACGUAACCUGAUCCUGGACCGACUCCGUGACCUGUACGAGUCCCUUGGCUCUCGUCCAGCAGAGAGCCAAAAGGACAAAGCUCCACAAUGCUUAACCAGCACCCUGUUACCUCAUCAGCUCCAUGCCUUAGCCUGGCUUCGAUGGCGAGAGACACAGAGGCCGAGGGCAGGAAUACUUGCGGAUGACAUGGGUCUUGGCAAGACUAUCACCAUGAUAGCUUUGAUUGCUGGCGACAAGGAGGGCAAGAUCGAUGAUGAUGACGAAGACGAAGAUGAUGACUAUCCCACUAAAAGCAAGACGGUGGUCCGCGGCGGCACGCUGGUGGUGUGCCCGGCGUCGCUGAUGCAGCAGUGGGGCGGCGAGGUGGCCAAGCACUGCCGCCCCCACGCGCUGUCCGUGUGCCUGCACCACGGGCCCUCGCGCGCCACGCAGCCCGCCCGCCUCGCCACCUACGACCUCGUCUGCACCACCUACAACAUACUGCAGAGGGACAACGAAAAGAACGGCGUGCUGAUGCGCGUGGCGUGGCGGCGCGCGAUCCUGGACGAGGCGCACAUCGUGCGCAACCACAAGUCGGCCACGUGCGGCGCCGUGUGCGCGCUGCGCUCGGCGCGCCGCUGGUGCCUCACGGGCACGCCCGUGCAGAACAAGGACCUCGACCUCUUCGCGCUGCUCAAGUUCCUGCGCUGCUCGCCCUUCGACGACCUCACCAUGUGGAAGAAAUGGAUAGACAACAAGAGUCUCGGCGGGCAGGAACGCAUGAACACUAUAAUGCAAUGCUUGUUGCUGAGACGAACGAAAGUGCAACUGCAACAGAAGGGACAGCUGGACUGUCUGCCCGAGCGUACUGCUCACCAAAAACAUGUUUCAUUAUCACAAGCUGAAAUGAAUGUCUACCAGAAGGUGCUCGUAUUCUCCAAGACGUUAUUCGCCCAGUUUCUCCACCAGCGGGCGGAGAAGACCGCGGACGCGCAAGGUUUCACUUCUGUUAAGAAGGACAGCGCCUACGAUAAGAUGCAUAAGAAGAUGAUUGCACUGCAAGGAGCUAAGCCAGUGAAGUCCCACGAGAUCUUGGUACUUCUCCUGCGGUUGCGUCAAGUGUGUUGUCACUGCGGUCUGAUCGCCGCUAUGCUGGACGAGGAGAGCGCGGCCGACGUGCAGGAGGACCCUGCUGGACAGGACCUGCUCGCUGAGCUCAACAAACUCUCCCUAGAUGACUCCCGCUCUAGGAGAAAGAGUAAAAAUAACAACUCUGAUAAUGAAGAGGAACCUGAUGGCCCAGCCCAGGAAGGCACCACUGCAGCCGAAGCCAUUCGUUCAGUGUUGUCUCCCAACAACCCAGUAUUUGAACUUACACGACUGUCUUCAAAGAUUAGCGCCGUGAUGGACUGUCUCAAAAACGAUGUUUUUGUUAACAAAGGUGACAAGGCCGUGGUGGUGUCGCAGUGGACGUCGGUGCUGCGGCUGGUGGAGGCGGAGCUGCGGAAGGUGCGCGUGCGCAGCGUCACGCUGAGCGGCAGCGUGCCCGUGCCCGCGCGCCCGCCGCUCAUCAACGCGCUCAACGAUCACAACUCCGAUGUUAAGGUAAUGCUACUCUCUCUAUGCGCGGGCGGCGUGGGCCUCAACUUAUGUGGUGCGAAUCACCUGCUGCUGCUUGACCCUCACUGGAACCCUCAGCUUGAAGAACAGGCACAAGACCGUAUCUACAGGGUUGGUCAGAAGAAAAAUGUUCAUAUUUACAGGUUCAUGUGUCUGGAUACAGUAGAACAAUCGAUCAGGAAACUUCAAGAAGCCAAGCUAGAACUCGCAGAGAACGUCCUAACUGGUGCGAAGAACACAAACAAAUCAAAAUUGACAAUAGAAGACCUCAAGGUGUUGUUCAACAUGGGAUAG